CCGUUUCUGACAGAUCCUCUUUCAACAGCACCCAGACAUGGCCACCCCCUUGGAGAAAGCCCUGGACACCAUGGUGGUCACCUUCCACAAAUAUUCCCAGAAGGAAGGAGACCAGUUCAAACUCAACAACACGGAACUGAAGGAGCUGCUGAAACAGGAGCUGCCCGGAUUCAUUAGCAAAAAGGACGAAUCCACGUUUCAGAAAAUCCUGAGCAACCUGGAUUCCAACAAAGACAACCAGGUGGAUUUCAAGGAAUACGCCACGUUCCUCGCCUGCAUUGCCAUGGCGUGCAAUGACUUUUUCCACGGAUUCCCGGACAAGGUGCCACGGCAGAAGUGAAGUGUGGAGGGGCAGAGGGGUGGGGGCGUGCGACACGAGCGGGCCAGCGUGCAAGACAGGGCGGGCAGAGUUCACAGGUGUGUGUAAGGUGACUUCCCUCCCCUUGCAGCCUUUGAUUGGUGCCACAGCUUAUCUCUGGCGAAGAGAAUAGCCAGUUUCUUUCUCCUCACACACACAUACACACACACACACACACCAAGAACAAAAUAAAGUUUGCUUUCAAAAAAA